GUCAUGAAGACUUUGUAGCUCGUGUUGCCUUACCUUGAGAAACUCUUAAGACUCAACCCCUCAGCGUCUACACACACACACACACUUCAGUCUUCAAGCAGCACUAGUGGCUGCAUGUGUGUGUGGGACAGACUCUACCCUCCCACGGCCGCGCGCUGAGCCAACAAGAAGGAGUUUAUUCAGCGUCCCGUCGCUGAUUUCAAUUUGUUUGUCACUAACCGCGUAUCUACCCACGUCUUAGGAAUGCCAUGGCCACUCAGAACAACCAGGAUUACUACAGGUCGGUCAGCAGCGAGUCCACCACAUACAUGAUGGUCCCGGCGAACAGCCGCGGGCGAGACUCGCCGUCAAAGUUAUGGAUCGCGAUGGUCGUGAUCGUGGUGGUCGUCCUGCAGAUCGCGUCCACCACGGGGCUCUUUGUCUACUUAAACAUGUCUUUAUCGCAGGUUAAGAGUCAGGGGGUUACAGAAGAGCUGCGGUGCCUGGGCUUGCUCAACGUUCUGGGUAAAGAUCAGGACAUUCCCGAAGACCUGGCCCAACUGUUCGGAGAGCCUUGCAUGAAGCUCGCCGAGGGUAUCAAGGCGUAUAUUUCAAAGGUUACGGACAGUAUCAUCUCUAAACAGACUUUACAUGCAAGAACACAAACUCAUUCAUAUAAUACAACAGGGUCAAAGUUUAUGACCACAGUGAUGCAGCGGCCAUCAGCCCACCUGACCCUCAGCAGUGCCUCCGACAACUCCAGGCCUCAGUCAGAUAUGCACCAGCCUCAGUUUGAUCUGCACCAGUCCUGCCGUCACCCUGUGCACACCUGGGCCAACAAGAGCUUCGGUGCCCACCUCUACAACAUGACUCUGACCAACGGACGCCUGCGUGUGCCCCAGGACGGCCGCUACUACCUGUACUCACAGGUGUACUUCCGCUACCCUUCUCCCAGCGACAGCGACCAGUCCAGCGUGAGCCACCAGCUCGUCCAGUGCAUCUACAAGAAAACCUCCUACCUGAACCCCAUCCAGCUGCUGAAGGGAGUGGGCACCAAAUGCUGGGCUCCGGACGCAGAAUACGCCCUGCACUCGGUGUACCAGGGUGGCCUGUUCGAGCUCCGAGCAGGCGAUGAGGUCUUCGUGUCCGUCUCAUCUCCCACAAUGGUCUACGGCGAGGACUCUUCUAGCUACUUCGGGGCUUUCCGAUUGGAUCUGUAAGAGAGAAAAUAGAGCGGGAGUAUCAUUUUGGCAGAGAAAAGUUUCGCUCAACAUCCAUCAACUUUCCUUUCUUUAAGACUGAAUAUGUGAAUAUGUGAAGGAUGCAAGAGACAUUUCGGUUAUUUCUUUUUAAAGACAGAGGAAUGUAUGUAUAUUUCUACAAAUCACAUCAAAGAUGUGAAUCUUGGAAACGGUAGCAAAAACAAAACAGGAGAGACAGAAAGUGAAUCUGUGCCAAUGGUGGUUUUGACGUGCGAACUCCACUUGCUUGAAGGGAAUAUUUUUCGUGCGCCGCGGAUCUUAAAUGGCUUAAAAGCAGAGAUAUGAGAAGAAAAUGAUGACAGCGGGAAUGUGGAGGAAAGAAAGAUGAGAUGGGAAAUAUGUGGCUCUACCAGCCUCAAAGGAGCAUCCUGGCAGGCUACAGAAUUCAACCCAUCCUGUCGGACCUGCGGAGCAACAUGCCCUGACAUGAAAAGGACCUAAAAAACAAAACAGGCACACAUAAACAAAGAGGAAUUCAGGCUGCUGCAUUGAUUCUCAUGCUCUUGCAUAUUUAUGGCUUCCACAACAUGGCGAUAAGAUUAAAACACAUACGACACAAAUCACUUUUACAGGUCUCCCUCUGCUGUCAGGCCCGGCAGGAAGAGACACGUGCUCUGGAGCUCACGCGGUCCUGGUCAUACAAAAGGUUAAACAAACACUACGCUAAACGGUUUGUUGAAACGUCGCGCCCAUAUAAUGCUUUGUCUUGAGCGACACACUUUUCUGAUAAGUGGCGCUUCGUGCUUGUACAUCCAUCUGUUUUGUGUGUGUGUUGUGUGUGUGGUUCAACCUGUGUAUAUAUUGUAUUUAAUUGAAAAUAGAUGAGGUUUGGAAUUGAAUGUACGAGCGUUUUGUUGUUCUCCUAAUAAAAAUCCCACAAAACCGAGCCUCCCGCUGUAAAGGUAAACCCCAUGACGUUGUCCAAAUGAAGCGGCGCUGUGAGUCUGAUUUUCUGUGGAAAAAUGGUUUGUUUGAAGGAGGAGAGGGCGGGGGUGAUUUCUUUCCACUGUAAAUGAUCAAGUGUUGUCACAAUGGUGUUUCUGAGAGCGAGCACAAACACUCGCUUGGGUUUCAUUGUGGAGCACAAGCGUGUUUUCUUCUCGCUGGACUCUGCCCCAGUUUUUACUGAUAAAGUCAGCGAGCUGAAGGGCCGCUGCCAAGAUGUUGCCUUAAAUCACAUUAUACUGCGAGAGCGAUCGAGCCAAGCCAAUGCUCUCUGUGGCAUUUAGCUACGGGCUAGCUAUAAUGUUAGUUACAAAACUUCACUCCGUCUGACUCUCAUCUGCAAUUUGUCUGGAUUAAAAAAGCGUGGACAUUGAUUUAAUCCAGAAAGGGAGAGCGAGUUAUGCUUCAGCAGGUUAAUGCUUUUGCUGCAAGUGGUAUGAUGUGCCGCCAAGCCAAAAAUUCCCCAUACAGGGUGCUUUUUUUUUACGUUUAAGGGAAUGUGAUGUCAGAUACCACUACAUGUAAAGUGCCUUUGGUCGUUAUGCACUGAUCUCAAUCUAAACGCUAACUUUUAUCAUGUGUUAAGGGAGGUUCAAAGCGAUUGCCGCUGAAGUCAUGUAUGAUCUCAUUAGUGCUUAGCAUCUGACAUUAACCGCAUUAUUUCGCAGCCCACUGAGACACUGUACAUCAUCAUCCUUUCACGAAAAAAAAAAAAAAAAGAUGCACUCAUGUCAUUUUAAACUUGUAGGACUGUCUUUAUUAUUGUGAGGAAAAAACAUUCGUUAAUGUAGAAAUUAAAAACUGUUGUUAUUUUGCUGGGUUCACACUAAAUGUGAAUUUAAUUAAAGCUGCAAGCAGCGAUGAAAGGGACCUCGCACCCAGGCUCAUUGCCCCCAGUGGGCUUAGAAUGAGAACAAUGGACAAUAAUAAUUUAACCUAAUAUCUACCAAAAAACCUGAGAAAAAUCACAGAUUUAUGCCAAACUUCCUUCUGCCCGCAGGUGGCGCUAUGACUGUGACUUAAUUUUAGCAUAUAGAUGUCUUCAGGAGAGGAAUCUUAUUGAACCUGUGAAUUUUCAGGCAGAUCAGAAAUUGUGUGGUUGAGGUAUAAGUACUUCCUCUUCCACUGCGAAGCACUGCAGUUUGUCAGUCCGCCACGGACACGCCCUUUGGCGAAAACUCUAGAUCUUCACAAUUUAACACCACAAAGGCCUUUGGAUUAAACUAACGGAACAUGAGUUUGAUAGGAUAAAAUUUGUAGGAGGAGUUUGUUACAGUGUAAAACGUCAAUUCCUGUUGCCAGCAGGUGGCGCUAUAACUUUAACUGGACAUCGGCAUGUAAACGUGUUCAGGUCAGGACUGUUAUCAAACCUGUGUGCCGUGUGUCAACUGACAUGUGUGCCAGUUUUGGUGUUUGUGCAUGAAAUGUUGCUCAGGGGCUACUUUGUUAAAUGUGCAUAGGUGGCACUGUCACACCCACUUCCGAAACCUAUAACAAGCGUAAAUGUUCUAGUUCCACUUCUAGUAUGUGUGCAAAGGUUUGUGAGUUUUCGGGCAUGUUUAGACCCUCAAAAAUACGAUUCAUCCUAGAGAAGAAGAAUAGUAAGGAAGAGAGCAAUUCCAAUAAGGCCUACGCACCCUAAAUAUUUGCGGCGUGAGUAAAUAACACACAAAUAGAGGCAAAUUCUUUGUGUUUGGUGUAAACCCAGCAUUAGCGACACUGGUGGUCAUUUAAUGAACUGCAACCCGAAGUUAACUGAUGCUCACACUCAUGAAACAGUUAAGUAAGCAUCAUACGUUGGCGCCAACAGCCUAGUAGUUAAGUGUGUCGACAUUAGGCAUGGGACGAUAACCAUUUUCAAGGUUUACCACGGUUUAGAACAGUCAAAAUUUUCUGCUAUACCGUUUCUAAGGUAUGUGUGUGUUUUUUUUUUUUUUUUUUACAUUUUUUUAGGACAUUAUCUCCAGAAGAAAGAAAGAAAUCUGUGUUUUUGAAACAAAAGAAGACAGCAAAGUCAAUGAUUCGUUUGAAUAUUUCAGCCUGACAUGUUUGAAAAGUCUUUGUUUUCUACCCUGAAAUUUUAAAAAAAGAACUUGUAUUAGAGCAGUAAUCCCAAUACUCUCAAAUCGUGAAGUUUUUGCGCAAGAAUAUUAUACCGUCAGAAUUGUAUUCCCAUGCCUAAUUGACACAUAAUUAGUACUGAGGUGCUCACAGUGACCCGAGUUCAAUUCACAGCUCAAGAGCCUUUACCCCUUUAAAUUUCCUGUCAAUACUCUGAACUGUUCUAUUUAUUAAAGAUUAAAAACCCUGAAAUGAUGGUACAUCUGCAAUUUUGGCUGAUCUUGAUGUGAAUUUUUCUGAGCCUCAUUAAAAAAAUAAAAUGCCCACAAAUCAGGAGUGGAUCUAUCCGAAGAUCAACAAACAGAAAUCAUGUCAUAAUUUAUUAGCAGAAAAUAUAUUUUCUUUUCAAGCUGAUAAUGUUAAUGAUAACUAUAGUUUUUCAACCAAUAACUACAGUAACUAUACAUUUUUUAUUUACUAAAACUAGACAAAAAUUUAAUAAAAAACAGAUUUAAAUGACAAAAAUAUACAGACAAAAUGAAAUUUAUUUAUUCAUUUACCUUCAGCUUAGUAUUUAUCUAUUAACUAUUCCUGCACAUGUUUUACGCAGCAGAUACCCUUCCAGCCACAACCCAGUACUGGGAAACACCCAUACACAAGAACAUACAAGCUCAACAGAGAAAUGCCAACUGGCUCAGCUGUGACUCGAACCUGUGACAUUCUUGCUGUGAGGCCAUAGUGAUAACCACUGAGCCAACGUGCCUCCAUGAAAAUAUUUAUGGAGGGAAAUUUAGACAAAUUAAAGACUAAGGCUAAAACUGAAUCAAAAUUUACUGUCAAAUUAGAACUGCAUUAAUCUGCCGCAUCACAUGAUGAUGUUACAGCACAAAAUAGCCCUUUCAGCAAUACCCUAUACAUUAAACACAUCCAUUUCAUAUGUCAAAACAAAAGAGAGGCUCUUGAAAACCCAUAAACGUCAAGUCUUUCAGAUUUCCCCAACAAUAACGUCUCAAUCCUUCCUAUAAAACUCGUGAAGAGUCUUUAAAGGUCUCGUUUUUCGAAUUCUCCACAAGCUAUUCACACACUGCCAAUAAAAGAGCGAUUAGCACAUGAAAAUAUUAACACAGCCUUCCACGUUUGCGUUCCACAGAAAAAAACACAGUCCUACAAGUCUGAAACAACGUUUCCCAAAGGAGUCUGCAUGAUCCGAGCAAUUCACACUAACUGAGCUCAUUAUCCCAGUCAAUCUGUCAAAAAGACCCCAUCCAGGGUCUUGUGUGAGAUGUGCACAUGUGUAUACAAGUUGAAAUAUGUACCAAUCUGCAUGGCGCAGAGGUCGUGGUGGGGUGAGGGGUGGACAAGAAGGAGAAAUAUGGCGGAAUUCCAGCAGAUCCAGACCGAUUGCAGCAGGACUUGCCCUCUGAACCACAAUGUGAACAUGGGAGACCAAUGUUUGCUAGGUGUCCGUAUACAAGAGUGUGUUUUUUAAAUUAAGACUGCUUUGUAAAGCAGUGAAUGUGAUGGUUUGCCUGUACUUUUUAAAUCAGUGCGGAGACUUUACAGGACUGCUGUGAAAACUGAAGGGAGGCAGAACAGGGUGAAAUACAGUGAGCAACAUGAACUGUCAAAAGAAACAAAAAGACUAUUGUGUUUCCUUCUCCAGAGAGAGGUUUUUUUCUUUUUCCAAGGGUUUGUUAAAUUGUCAGACCACCAAUCUAAGGGGCUUUUUUCCAUUUACAGAAAGAUAUUAUGCACUGUUUACCAAUGUUACUUCUGCAUCUUUGGUAAGAAUGUACUGAUAUCGGUCACACUCUCCCUCUUUAUGGUAUAAUUUUACACAGUGUCUGAUCCGUGACGUUGAAAUGUAAGUCUGAGGUGUCAUUUUCAACAAUUAAAGUGCCUUUUUUGAACAAUGA